AUGACCAAGGAAAUCUUGGUGCAGCAGUAUGGAAUUAUUGAACGACACUGCACUUUCAUUGCCUCUUCGUGGGCCAUUUUCCGACAGCUACAAGAGAUCCUCACGGGCAACAACAAGCAGGGGGAGGCGGCGCCGCCGCCGCGGGCUCCUCAUGAAGUUGUCAUCGACGUCGCCAGCAGCAGCAGCAGCAGCGAAGCCGACGCCGACGCCGCCCCAGCCGUCACGGAGGACGCGGACUCCGCGCUCCACGUGGCGGCGGCCGCCGGGGACGGCGGGCGCUACCUCGAGAGCGCGGCCGUGAUCUGCGGCAGGGCCAGGCGCCUGCUGGGCGCGCGCAACGGCGGCGGCGACACGCCGCUGCACUGCGCUGCCCCGGCCGGGCACGCCAGGAUGGUGGCCCGCCUCAUCGGCCUCGCCCGGGGAGAAGACGGAGGCGACGAGGCGGCGGCGAGGGCGGCUCUCCUGAGGAUGCGGAACGCGCGCGGGGAGACGGCCCUGCACGAGGCCGUCCGCUUCGGCGGCGACGAGAUGGUGGCGGCGCUCGUGGGCGCGGACGGGGAGCUCGCCCGCGUGGUCGCGGGCGACGGCACCUCGUCGCUGUACCUCGCCAGCACGUGGGGCCGCCACCAGAUGGCGCGCGAGAUGCACGACAAGGACCGUGGUCUGUCUUACUCCGGCCCCGAUGGACAGAACGCCUUGCAUGCUGCUGUUCUCCACGACGACAGAGGAGCUCAGAGCUUCUUCUUGCAGCGGGGCAUCUUGGAUCGGAUCGUAGAAAGGGAAGAUCUAAAUAUGGUGCAGGAACCAAACGGGACCUAUAUACCAACGAAAAUGGCCCGUGCAAUUUAAUAUAUUCUUCAUUCUGAUGUAUUUGUAUUAGAUUUAGCAUAUUCCUCUACGAUCGUGGUGUCCACUAUGGCAUUUAUAUGUUUUCAUUUUAGCAUAAGGUCUCUGCUUUAUGAUCUGAAAAAAAAACUAUCUGUUUGAAAUUUAUCUGCUGAUUCUACGUGACUCUCAGCAGCAAUAUAGAUGAUGCAACGAUGUCA